UUUUUCAAAAAAAGUAUCCUAAGAUUUGAAACCUGAGAGGUGCGCAUCUGCCAAAAGAAAAUAAAACCGAAAUUGGUAUUUUUGACUUCACUUCUUCUCUUUCACCGUCUGAUGCAAAACCUAUCAAAGCUUCAAUUGCAAUUGCAACGGCAACGGCAACUCCCUUUGAAGUUCACUGCUUCUCUCCCCUCUCUUCUUCUUCUUCGUCUUUUUGAGCUAUGCUGAUGUUCUCCCACACAACCCUAAUCCCCUAACCAUUUCUCUUCCUCUUUCCUGAUGGAGGAUUCUGAGGGUGUUCUCAGCUUUGAUUUCGAGGGCGGUCUCGAUGCUGCCCCCACAAACCCCGCCGCCGCCGCCUCCUCCUCCUCCUUACCCCUCAUCCCCUCCGACUCUUCUGCCCCUCCCCCCCUCUCCAAUUCCCUUCCCGGCUCCCUCGGUCCUACUCUUGCUCCUGAACCCCUUGGUGCCCCUACUGCCAACGUCGGCACCCGCAGGAGCUUCCGCCAAACCGUUUGCCGCCAUUGGCUUCGCAGCCUUUGUAUGAAGGGCGAUGCUUGUGGAUUCCUUCACCAGUAUGAUAAGUCUCGGAUGCCCAUUUGCCGGUUCUUUCGUCUCUAUGGCGAGUGCCGCGAGCAGGAUUGCGUGUAUAAACAUACCAAUGAAGAUAUAAAGGAGUGCAAUAUGUACAAGUUUGGUUUCUGUCCAAAUGGUCCAGAUUGUCGAUAUAGGCACGCAAAGCUACCUGGACCUCCACCUUCGGUGGAAGAAAUCCUUCAGAAAAUACAGCACUUAGGUUCAUACAAUUAUGGCUCCUCAAACAAAUUCUUUUCACAACGUGGAGUUGGCUUGCCCCAACAGAAUGAAAAAUCUCAGUUUCCUCAGGGUCCAGCCCCUGUUACUCAAGGAGUGAUUGGAAAACCUUCUACAGCAGAAUCUGCUAAUGUCCAACAACAGCAAGUUCAACAGCCUGCACAACAAACCAGCCAGACUCAGAUACAAAGUGUUUCUAAUGGCCAGCCCAAUCAGUUAAACAGAACUGCAACGUCUUUGCCUCAAGGAAUAUCUAGGUACUUUAUUGUUAAAAGUUGCAACCGUGAGAAUUUGGAGUUAUCUGUGCAACAAGGGGUAUGGGCAACUCAAAGAAGCAAUGAAGCUAAACUUAAUGAAGCUUUUGAUUCUGCUGAUAAUGUUAUUUUGAUUUUCUCAGUCAACCGGACUCGACAUUUUCAGGGUUGUGCAAAGAUGAUGUCCAGGAUUGGUGGUUCUGUCAGUGGGGGCAAUUGGAAAUAUGCACAUGGAACUGCACAUUAUGGUCAAAACUUUUCACUUAAAUGGCUUAAGUUAUGUGAACUAUCCUUCCAGAAAACACGCCAUUUGAGGAAUCCAUAUAAUGAAAACUUACCCGUAAAGAUCAGUAGAGAUUGCCAAGAGCUAGAGCCCUCUAUUGGUGAGCAGCUGGCUUCUUUGCUUUAUCUUGAGCCAGACGGUGAACUCAUGGCUGUCUCAAUAGCAGCAGAAUCGAAACGGGAAGAGGAGAAAGCAAAGGGAGUUAAUCCCGAUAUCGGAAAUGAGAACCCAGAUAUUGUCCCGUUUGAGGAUAACGAAGAAGAGGAAGAGGAAGAGAGUGAAGAGGAGGAGGAGGAGAGCUUUGGCCAAUCCGUUGGUCUACCAGCACAAGGCAGAGGGAGGGGCAGGGGAAUCAUGUGGCCCCCACAUAUGCCAAUGGGACGUGGUGCCAGACCCUUCCAUGGAAUGCAAAGUUUUCCACCUGGGAUGAUGGGUCCGGAUGGUUUGUCUUAUGGGCCUGUUACACCCGACGGAUUUCCCAUGCCUGACAUUUUUGGUAUGGCUCCUCGUGGUUUUGGUCCAUAUGGCCCUAGGUUUUCCGGUGAUUUUAUGGGUCCCCCAUCGGCUAUGAUGUUUCGUGGACGUCCUUCUCAACCUGGGGCUAUGUUCACCCCUGGUGGGUUUGGGAUGAUGAUGGGCCAAGGACGUGGUCCCUUUAUGGGUGGGAUGGGAGUUACUGGUACUAGCCCCGCUCGACCUGGUCGUCCUGUGGGUGUUUCUCCAUUGUAUCCACCUCCAGCAGUACCCUCAGCUCAGAACAUCAAUCGAGCCAUUAAGAGGGACCAAAGGGGACCGACUAGUGAUCGGAACGACAGAUACAUUGUGGGACCGGACCAAAACAAGGGCCAGGAGAUGCUAAGUAGUGGACAUGAUGAAGGAAUGCAAUAUAAGCAGGGAUCAAAAGCUUAUCCUGAUGAGCAAUAUGGAAUGGGAACAACCUUUAGGAAUGAGGAAAGCGAAAGUGAGGAUGAGGCACCUCGGCGAUCAAGGCAUGGAGAGGGGAAGAAGAAGCGGAGAGGUUCAGAAGGAGAUGCGACUGCAAUCUCUGAUCAGUGAUUAGUUGUAGUUAGUAUAUCUGACCGAAUAUCCUCCGUUUUGCCACUGACUAGUGAUGUGUUCCUUGCUCAGACGAGACGUCAUUGAACUUAUUGUUGUUGUAAGUUCGAAAAAAUUGAGGUACUUAAGUUAGGGUUCAUCAUUUUUUUCCUUCUCUUUCUUUUCAUCUUAUACCGUAAAGUUAUACAUUUUUAAGCAGUCAUAAUUCAUACAUUGUUUUACAAAUUUGUGAAACAACUUUCAUCUGAAGUGAAGAAUCUCGUAAAGUUUUUGUCU